AUAGCAGAAAAUAGUUAAAAAGAAGCGGAGAGAGAUUAUAUAGCAGAUAAUAGUUAAAAAGAAGCGGAGAGAGAUUAAAUAGCAGAAAAUAGUUAUUAAAAAAAAAAAGAAAAAAGAAUGAACAGAAAAGCUUUUCGGCCAGCUUGUGCUCCUUGUACUCCUCAUGGGGCUUCUCCCAAGACCACCAAGAAGAAGCAGAAGCAUAAGCACAAGCACAAGAAGAAGAAGAAGAAGAAGAAGAAGCACAAACACAAGAAGAAGAAGAAGCACAAGAAGAAGAAGAAGAAGAAGAAGAAGAAGAAGAAGAAGAAGAAGAAGCAGAAGCAGAAGCAGAAGCAGCAGAAGAAAAAGAAGAAGAAGAAGAAGGGUAUCGCGGAUCGCCUCCUGAUGAGACCGGUGCGCAGCCGAUUGACCAUCAUCACGAAGACAGAAGCUGCAGCUAUGGCGUACCCGAGGAGGCGCAAUGACAGCAAUAGCAAGAAGAAGCCUCGUUUUUUUGCCUACGGUUACUCCUCAUGUUGUUUUUAUCUUCUUUGGGCAUUGCUCUUUCUCUGUUUUGUCUUUGCCAUCUGGUACGGCUUAACCUUCAGCGCACACCUUGAUUACCUCACCGGGGGCUGGAUCGGAAGAAACGACAAAUCAGCUGACGUGUCAUCACUUCCAUUAUCAUCAACAUCAUCAUCAUCAUCAUCAUCAUCAGCAGCAGCAGCAGCAGCAGCAGCAGCAGGAGAAGCAGGAGAAGCAGAAGAAGCAGGAGAAGCAACAUUUGCUGAGGUUUCAACACAGGAUCGUUAUGCUGACGUGUUAAUGCAAGAUAGGCCCGCUGACGUGUCAAUACAGGAUCGUUCUGCAGACGUGUCAAAACAAGAUAGUCUUGCUGACGUGUCAAGUUCUGCUGACGAGUCAAUGCAGGAUCGCGCCGCUGACGUGUCAAUACCACGAUUAGCAUCAUCAUCAUCAUCAUCAUCAUCAUCAGUAGGGGUAAUGUCUGCUGACUUGUCGACAGAGGAUCGUCUUGCUGACGUGUCAGUACAGGGUGAGCCGGCUGACGUGUCAAUACAGGAUCGUCUUGCUGACGUGUCUAUGCGCGAUCGUCUCUCUGCGCAUCCUGCUGACGUGUCAAUGCCGCACCAACUUCAGGGUAACCAUUCUUACGGUGGUGCGUCGACUGGCAAACGAGAGGAGGAGGGAGGGAGGGAGGUGGGGGAGGAGGAGGAGGGAGAAGAGUGCGAUUCCACAACAGCCGGUUCACAGAGCUGUUGGUGUUGUUUAAUGCGGCAGCUGCUAUUGGCGAAAAGGUCUGUAUCUGCCGCGCAUUUCUGGUUGAAUUCAGUUCUGGCGGACGAUGAGGAGAGAGAGAAAGAGAAGGGAGGGGUGGAGAAGGAAGAGCAAGUGGGUGGGAGAGGUGAUGGACGGAGCUAUCCUUAUCCACAGAGUAAACCCGCCAGCCAUGUCGGUGACGUCACCAGCUAUGGCGGCAGCGAUGGUGGAAGAAGAAGGGAAGGAGGAAGAAGAAGGGAAGGAGGAAGAAGAAGGGAAGGUGGAAGAAGGUGGGCAGCUGCGACGACCACUACAGAUAAAUGGCGAUACAGGAGGAGGAGAAGAUGGAAAAUAGGAGCCAUUUUGCUGAGCUUUGGCUAUGGCGUUUCUCCUCCUCCUCCUUCUCCUCCUCCUCAUGCUCAUCAUCGUCCUUCUCCUGAUGCUCCUCCUCCUCCUUCUCCUCAUGCUCCUCCUCCUCCUCGUGAUAAUCAUCGUUAUCCUUAUCCAGAAUCUUAUACUGAUUCUUAUCGAGAUCGCGAUCCCGUCCUCGAUGUCUGUGCGUCUCAGAUCCAGACACUCGCGCGCCAGUCUUUGAGCUUGAUGGAUGCUGUCGUGGUCCUGUACGAGGCCGCCGUGAACACCUCCUCCUCUUCCUCCUCCUCCUCCUCCUCCUCAUUGCUGUCUUCUGCGAAACGUGGGGACCACCAUCAUCAUGUCUUCCGCCUCGGUGAAGAGCUGUUGAAGGCUAAAUUUAUCCCUGUGGAUAUGGAUAAGGAUAACAAGGAUAAGACGUCGGUUGCCGCCAAUUUGGGUAAGUCACUCCUGGGUGCUGCUGCUUCUAUGGAUGUUGAUUGGUACGUUCUUCUUGACAGCUCAGCAAUUAUUCGCGGCGACUACACUCUUCAGACCCUGCUGACGGUUGCGCAGCACAUGGAUUACAAACAAGCAAUACUUGGAACGGAUGGGGUCAUUGAGUUGUCCAGGUGGCAGCAUCUGCUUCUGCCAAGUGUCAAUCUCACACCUGCUGGCUCAGCCAAUGAUCAUAGUGGUUUCACUGACAGCUGUUGCAAUAUCUCUAACAGCGGAGCAGGAGGAGAAGGAGGAGAAGGAGGAGGAGGAAGAGGAGAAGGAGUAGGAGAAGACGGAGGAGGAAGAGGAAGAAAAGGAGGAGAAGGAGGAGGAGGAAGAGGAGGAGUAGGAGAAGACGGAGGAGGAAGAGGAAGAAAAGGAGGAGAAGGAGGAGGAGGAGAAGAAGGAGUAGGAAGAGGAAGAGGAGAAGGAGGAGAGGGAGGAGAAGGAGGACGACGAGGAGGAAGAAGAGGAGGAGGAGUAGGAGAAGGAGAGUUACGCCUACCUUCGACAUCAUUUCGCUUGUCAGAAGAAUUACUGGUUCCUGUCAGUCGUCUGGAAGGUCUGUGGCUCGUUCCCGGGUCGGUAAUUGGUUCGGUCAUUAUGGCCGUGUGUUCUGAGAUAGGUCACCUGGAGGCUCAGGCAGAUGACAGCGCAGCAAUAGGGAGGAGGAGGAGCAACAGCCUUCUCGGUCGACUGCAAGGCUGGCAAGACUCUAAGUUCUACUUUGUGCCCCCACUUCUAGACAAACUCAUAGCAAACACCUCCAUCUCCUCCUUGAAUUCCUCCUCCUCCUCUUCCUUCUCCUCCUUGAAUUCCUCCUGGAACUCCUCUCGUGCUUCUUCUUCUUCUUCUUCUUCUUCUUCUUCUGCUUCUUCUUCUUCUUCGUCAGUGCUUCUGGAAAGCAAAAGCAGGGACGUGGAAGGGGUGAUGCUUAAUGAUGGUGAUGAUGAUAAGGAUAAGGAUGGUGGUAAUCAUGGAGGACGUGAUGACAACGAAGCCAGUGAUUGGUGGACCAACACCUUUGGGAGAAUCACAGCGAUUCGUAAACAAUGGGGGAGAAGGGUGGGAGGAAGGGAACGAGAAGGCGGAGAUAGUGUUCUAUCCUCUCAUGCCGGUGCUCCUCGGCAGUUAAUUAAGGAACGUGGAGGAGGAGGAGGAGGAGGAGGAGGAGGUAGUGUGGAUGACGUGGCAUUGGGAGAGCCACGUGACAGUCUCAGAAUCAAGCAUGCUGCUCAGUACUAUGAGGCUGACCGUUCAAUGUGGUCCAGGUUGGCAGGAACUUGCACAGCCGCCGAUCGCUGUCGGGGUCGGGGUAGUCAUGUUCGUGGUGGUGGUUUAAGAGGGAGUAAUACCACCACGACCUUCUCCUCCUCUUCUUCUUCUUUCACCACCUCCUCCUCCUCUUCCUCCGCGAAGCUCAAUUCUGGCAUUGAUGGGAUUCAGUUUGCUGACCACGUGGAUGUGCUCUUCUACGCUGAGACACUAGAGGACGUCCGGACUCUGAGUCCCAUCUACGUGGCCAUGCGAUCCCAACACCAGACGCUUUUUGCCGUGUCUGGUUCUGACACGUAUCCAUGCAAAAAAGCUGCCGACUUGUUGCAUCAGCACCACAGCGACUGCGUCGCUAUGACUCGUGAUGAUAACGAUAAUGAUGAUGAUGAUAAGAGAGAUCAGGAGGAGGAGGAGGAGGAGGAGAAUCCUAUGGUCGGUGACAAGGAAGGGCAGGAGGGGGGUCUAUCCUCUCAGUGGAAGUCCGUGGGCCCGAUCCUUGUAUUAAGCCAGUGGCUGAAGACGACAGUUCUCGCGGAUGGCGGUCCACUGUCGGAAGCAGAAAUUCGACAUGUGGCAUUAUACUCCCUCUUAAGAUUAACAACGCCACGUGUACUGAUUGUGAGGCUGAGCCAUCGGGAUCUAGGCCCCGUUGAACAGCUUGUGCAUUUUUCUUCGCCCCGAUCCCGAUCCCAUGUGGAUGACGUCAACACUUCGACAAAAGCAGGACCAGCAGCAGCAGCACCGAUGCCAACAGCGAUCUGCUUGCCAGAUUCCAUGGCCAAUCACGUUGUCAGCUGGCUGCCCACCCUCCCUCUCGAGAGCUUGAUGGCAUGGAACCGUCUCCGCAUCACCCUGACAGUGAUCACAUUCCGCCGCCCGCAGUCCCUCUCUAGGCUGCUGCACUCUCUCUCCACAGCUGAGUACUUAGGCGAUGAGGUCAAGCUGAUCAUUGCAGUCGAACAUGGUGCUGAUAGCGAGACAGUGCGGCUGAGCGAUGGCUUUUCGUGGCCGCAUGGGCGGUUGAUUGUGCGGCAUCGUAAGGUCCGAGCAGGCCUCAUUGCCGCUGUCUCGGAGAGCUGGGACCCAGAACAUGAAGAUGAGGUUGGAGUGCUCUUGGAAGACGAUAUCGAGGUCGCCAAGUCAUUCUACUUGUGGAUUAAAUACUCUAUCUUGUUCUAUCACUACGGGCCAAAUCAGACCAAGAUCGACCAACUUGCAUCUGUGUCCCUGUACUCGCCUAGAUGUCACGAGUUUGUCCAUGACAAAGCUCACUGGAACCUCACUCAGCGAUUCCAACGGCUGCGUACAGCAAGCCGACAUGGAGGAGGAGGUAAAGAGGUAGGAGACGGAGACAGCGACGGAGAUGUAAAUGGAGUAGGAGUAGGCGUAGAAGGGGUGGAGGAGGAGGAGGAGGAGGAAGAUAGUUUCCUGGGAACGAACACUCCCUUUCUCCAGACGUUACCGUGCAGUUGGGGUGCCGCAUUCCUGCCAGUCCCUUGGCGACAGUUCAAGUCUUACCUCCGUCGCAAUCGACUCCUGCCAGUCGACCAAAGGCUCAAGAUCCAUGAGUACUAUUCUGUGAAAUGGAAGACCAGUUGGAAGGCUUUCUACAUCGAACAGAUGCACCUAAAUGCCUACGUUACUCUGUAUCCCAAUUUCCCAGAUGCAGCUAGCUUUUCCACCAACCACGUCGAACUAGGCGAGCAUAUCUUCACAAACGGAACACCAAACAAGUGGCACUUCAGCGUGCCUUUAAUUGGCAAUCGUACGGACUUUGUCGAUCUGCUACCCAACCGCCGACUGCCACCGUCCGAUCGACUUCCUGUUAUCGACUUGUUUGGCCAAUCCACAAGUUUAUCCGUCCUCGAAUUACUAGCGAGUAAAUUGAAGAGGACACAGCGCAGACCCAGGAUUGGCCUCACAACUUAAUGACACCUCUCUUGUCAGCCACUUCCAGUUUUCCAAAUAAUGCAGUCAAAUGCAGAGUGUUGUUAAAGUUGUAGAUUGGCUAAAAAUAGA